CAUCCGAACAACAAACAUCAAAGGGAUUGUUAUUUGCUUAUAAUCGUUGGAUUUGACGGUUCAAUUUUUUUUUUUAAAUGGUAGUUCAACCGUAAUUUACCUAUGUAAAUUCAAUACUAUCAAAUGACCCGAGCCGUAAUUGGUGACUGGUGUCGGUUUCGCGUUGGUAUCUAAUUUGUUAAUAAAAUAAUAUUUUCUAAGAUAUUUUGCUCUUGUGAAAAAUAAACCGACCGGCAUGACCGCAACAACCGCCUUUGAAGGAGGAGACCAAGUCACCCGGGACUUGCAAAAGCUGUGCUUAAAAGGCGGUGCCGUUGAAUUCGUCACAGGAUACGAGAAUCCCGUUUCCUGGCACAGGAAGCACCACGUCCCCCGGGAACAGCUGUCUAAAGAUGUGCUGUUCGACAACCUGGACAUGAAAUCCAUGACGUUGGCACAGUAUUACGGCAGAAUACCCGAGUACAUCAAAUGGAAAUUGUUCAAUUACAAUCUAGUAAUUUGUUACGAGUACAUUAGAAGCAAAACCAAAUUGAGCGAAGCGCUGAACAUCUUGAAAGACAUUAAACAUAUUUUGACUUCUAUAAACGACAAGGAUAAAUUCUUACAAUCCGUAAAAAUUGCACUCGGUCAUAUCGCAUACUCGCUGAAGGGUUACGUAUUGAGUUUAUGCAACGACAACAAAACGGAAUUGGAGAACUUCGAGUCGGUCAACGACAUGGACAACGUCAACAAAGCGGCUUUGUUCGGCGUUCAGUCCGUGUUUUUCUACGAGUACGGUUUGCCCUAUGUCCAAAUAUCGAGCGAUUGUGCGUUAAAAGCCAUAUCUCUGAACGAGUCCGAAGCCGAGUGGCAUUACUUGAUGGCGCGAGUGUUGACCAAUUAUUAUAGGCAGCGAGCGAACCAAGUAUUCUGUUCCAAACGAGAAAUCGAAGAAUCCGAAAUAGCCGUUCAUCUCGGUAAAAAACCUCAUCACAAGUUGCAUUUGGUGUUGGUGUAUCAGCGUAUGUGCCGGACAGUACACGUUAACCCCGAAGCCCGGAAAGCGAUUUCCAAAGAGACUUUCAAGUUGUUAAAAGAAGUAAUGAACGAAACCAACGACUUGUUUUUAUUGAAAAACUGCUUGCUCAGUUUGUGCAAACUGCCUGCGAAAGAACAGAACAACAUGACUGACAUUUUGGAAAAACUUGUUGACAAACUAGAAUCCAGUAACAACGGUUACAUACACGGUGCUAUUGGCCAUUAUUAUUUGUUUAUUAAAAAGGACUACGACAAAGCCAAAAGCCACCUGAAAUUGGCCAUGGACGUGAAGAGCUUUGGUUCGUCCAUCGACUAUGUGUAUGCGUUGUUCAAAAUCGAUCCCGAGACGGCGCCCGUGGAAAAGAUGAUGUCGAAAUUUUUAGACAUAUUUUCGCAUCCGAUUCAACAAGAAAAACUCUUGAGUCAAAUCAUAUCCUAUUUGAUCAUAACCAAAGACGACAUCGUCAAAUCCCUACCGUACAUUUCGAUGCUGUUCAUCUACAAGGACGCAAUGUGCUUACAAAGUCUAAAGACGCACGUUCCAAAAUUUUCGUUAAUGCCGCAAAAAUACAAUCUAUUAGACGUCAUUAAGGAAAGUCUGCUCAAAGCGCGGCUCGAUGAAUCUUUGUCUGCGGACGAUGUGGACAACGUAAAUAUAGUGUUGACGAAACUGGAUAAGUAUGUUUUGUCGUUUAAACCGGAAAUUUUUUUUAACUGCAAAAACAACAAAGGGAAUUUCAAUGAAAAAAAUCUAUUUCAAUUCAAUAACAAAAACGUGCGAGAGAAAAAAAGUGACGAAGACAAUUGGAGAAAGUUAAAACCCGAAGAAACUUCGUCGUCGUCGUUUCCACAAAUUGUUCACAAUAAGAACAGACAACAAAGGUCUAAUCGUGAUAAUAUAAUAAUAAUAAUAAUUCUGAGAGAAAGUCUAAUUAUUUGUAUUCGAAAUAAUAGUUUUAUUGUUAUUGUUUAAAACUUUUUAAUAUUUAAUUUAAAUUUUUCUGAGAUGAAUAUCGUUGUUACUUGUUCUUGU